AGUCGUACGCGUGACGCCGCCGCGUGUUGAUCGUCCGUGCCUCGUUGCCGCCGCCGCCGCCGCCGCCACCGCCACCGCCGCCUAUCUCGUGCGAAACAUUUUCCGAUAUUUUAUUAUUUCGUAAUAUUUUUUUUUUUUUGUUUUUUGUUUUUUUGUUUUAAAAUAAUUUUUCGAUUUUCCGUCUCGCCGUUUCCCUCCCCCCAACCCCCUGAACAAUAACCGCGGUAGUAGUAUGACGAUCACCGACGGCCGUCGGAACGACCCGGAAAACUUUUCGUCGUCCCGCUGACUCGGUUAUAGACUCUUCCGCGUACCACACAUUAUUAUAUUAUAAUAAUAAUAUAUUAUACUCGUCUACCGCCGCCGCUACGACUGUUGUCGCUCCGCUGUCCGCCGACGUCUGCACGUCAACCAGAUGAACGAGCAUGACGAGACGACUGGAGAUUAUUGUCAUGUGCGCGGCCCUAGUGAUGGCCGCCGCCGGACUUGCCUCGUCAACCGAACAAUCCUUCGCCGUCGAACCGGACGAUCGGAGUGCGGUGGUGGACUCGACGGUCUCGCUGCCGUGUAAGGUCAACGAUCUGGCCGGAAAGCUCCAAUGGACCAAGGACGAUUUCGCGCUGGGCACCAACAGGAACCUGUCGUACCACGGUUACCCGAGAUACGCGAUGACCGGCAGCGACGCGAACGGCGAAUACAACUUGAAACUGAACCCCGUGACUCUGGACGACGACGGCGUGUACCAGUGCCAGGUGGGCACGGGAAAGCGCGGCGACCCUGCCAUCAGGUCGAGGAAAGCCACGCUGACCGUCCUGGUGCCGCCGAACCGUCCGCGGAUCACGCCGCAGGGCGAUACCAUCUACCUCACGGAAAACUCGCCGAUCGACCUGGAGUGCAUAUCCGAAGGCGGAAAACCGCACGCAGAGAUCACAUGGACUGACGGUUACGGCAAAGUGAUCGAGGAUGGCACUGAGACGUCCAUCGAGGCCAUGGCGGCUGAGAGCAAACGGUUUACAACCAAAUCAGUUCUGAGAUUCAUACCGAAAAUGGAACACCACAACACGUCGAUAUCGUGUCAGGCACACAACUCGGCUGUUGACAAAAAGUUACAGACGAAAAUCCAUUUGAACGUCAAAUUUGCUCCGAAGAUAACGCUGACCAUUGCCGGGCCUGCGAGGAAGCUGGUCGAAGGGUCAGACGUGCAGUUCCUGUGCCUGACGAAAGCCAACCCACCGGAAGUUAACUACCGGUGGUUCGUCAACGAUCAGUACGCGCCGAGCGAAGUCACGUCCGAACUGUGGCUGUUUAACAUAUCCAGGAGGCUGCACAAUUCGUUGGUCAGGUGCGAGGCGCAAAAUUCAGUGGAGAAAACAGAGGAAUCCAAAGCGUUGAGCAUAUUGUAUAAACCUCAGUUCAAAAAUCGACCGAAAAACAUCCAAGCGGAUAAUGGAAGUUAUGUGACGAUCAUGUGUGACGUGGAUAGCAAUCCGCCACCGACCAUCGAGUGGACGUACGAGAAAACAAAAAGAGUGGUGAGCGUGACCAGCAACUUGACGGUGCAGGUGACGAAUUUAACCGUCGGCCGAUACCACUGCAAGGCCACCACGUCAAGGUUUGGCGAUGUGAACGCCGAGGCUACCGUGUCCAUGAGGGGCAAGCCGGUCAUCAACAGCCCUCAGGUCCAGUACGGCUCUCUGUCUGAAACGGUCAGACUAGAGUGCAUCGCCACGUCCGUUCCCGUCGCCGACCGGAUAGUUUGGACUUACCACAGUGUUAUCAUUGGCACUAAGAACGAUCAGAACUAUUAUUCGGUACUGGAAGACCCGAUCGAUGACGGUGUGAAAAGCACGCUAAUCAUCAGGAAAUCUGUACAAGAACAUUUCGGAACCUAUAACUGUACGGCGUACAACGAAUACGGAUCCGAUACGAUUAUGAUCGUGUUGGUGCCAAAAAAAGACUUUAUGCUGAUCUUGGCAAUCAUUGGUGCCGUGGGCGGAAUUAUUGUCAUGGUUCUGAUUUUCUCUGUCAUCGGAUUUUGUCGACGUACGACGUCUCAGAAAAAGAAGAAAGCCAAAUCCGAUUUCAAUGGAGAGUCGGACGUGGACAACAAGCAGAACGCCGCGGCCAGGGAAUCUGACGCGUCAUCCAACGUGUCGGACAUCAAAAUGGAGACGGGCACCGGGUCGUCGCUGAGCAACUACCGGUAUAAGAUCGACUACGGCGCGGACUCGUUGACGGUUACCACGACCGCGACCGCGGUCGACGACCAGCACCCGCGGUCCGCUACCCCGAAGAGCGGCGGCGGCAGUCAGACGACCCUUCCCCGCGGCGGAGGCGGCAUUCCCCUGGCCGGCCCCGUUCCAGUCGACCCCCGGUACGCCACGGCCGCCGGUUAUCUGGGCCACAUGCACCCACACAACGUCAUGCACCACCCGCUGGCCAACGGCGCCGUCAUCGGCGACUACGCGGACCCGCUCAACUACGUCAGAUACACCAACAACCAUCUCGCCGACCGGCCGACCAGCAGCAACAACGGCUACAUAGCGGCCGACAGGCUGUACGACCUGAACCCAAUGCCGCCACCACAGACGGUCAUCGCGCUGUCCUCGUCGUCCUCCUCGUCGCCGUCGCCCAAACUGUCUUUGGACGCGACCGCCCGGACGUCCACCGGCGGCGACCCGGCCACGCUGCUCCAGUACUCGGCCACGUACGGCAACGCGUACCUGCGGCCCGCGUCCGCGCAGUGGCCGGCGCAGCCACCGCGGCCGCUGCAGAAGUACGACGCCUACGGCCGGCCUGAACCGCCGCCGUACAGCGCGGUCGGCAAGGGCAAGCGGAAAACCGCCGCCGCCGCCGGCGGCCACGGUCCGUCCGCCGCCACCGUGCCCGUCGGGCCAAACUAUCACAUCGGCGUGGCCAAGCGGCAGACGCUGGCCACGCACGUCUAAACGGCCGCUCGAGGAGUCCGCGGCGCAACAAAGGCUGAUGAAAUAGUCGUAUUAUAAUAUUGUAAUAUCGUUAUAUAAUGUUAAAUAUUAUGUAACCAUCGUUUGUAAACGAUAUCGUUAUAACGAGAUAUGCGUAUCGCGUACGAUAUAUUAAUAUAUUUAUAUAUUUUAUUAUAACGAUGAUGACAUCACAGGUUAUGUAAAACCCCAGACGGUGCACUUUUGCAUUUGCUGAUGACUCGAACCUACCCCGGUGCAGUAGCAUCACAUAUUAUAUGAGGAAUAAAUUAUUGUACAACACCUUUACUAUAAUUAAAUUACAAUGGUUAGAAAUUUGACGCGAGUGCUAAAAAAUAUCAGUUAAGCGUACCUAGUUAAUGAUCAAUAAUUUAUCAUAAAAUUUGUUUUUCCCUAUUAUAGUGGCGGUACUGAUUCGAGGUAGGUUUUGAUUCGUUUAUAUUUUUGAGAAUAUUAAAUGGCUUGAAUAGAGAAAGUGCACCAUCUAGUUGUAUAUAAUCUGUGAUGAUAUCGUGUGUAGUAAAGUUUAUAUUUUAUUUAGUGGUCGUUCCUCGAACUCUUCGAACACCUCGAACUGUAAGAAAUUUCGAAUAGUAUUCGGGCACAAUCAAGUUCGAACAGUUCGAGUACGACGAGGAAGAUUAGUUUUAAUUUUUUUUUUUUUUUUGUUUUGUUUUAAGUGCUCUUUUACUACUAUUAUUAUAUUUUAAAUUUUGUUAUGGUUAAAUUAUUUUUGAAAGAGUUUGACAAGGUUCGAACUGCGUUCUAGUAAAAAAAUCAAGUUCGAGUUCGUGAAAAACAACUCAAGUCCUACCCCCCCCCCCACCUCUCCCAUCAGCCAUCCGUAUAUUUUUAUCACCACAUAAUAAUUGUGUGAAUCACAACCGGAGGACCGCCACUCCGGUUCACCCCUGUCAACCCCACCACCGAGCCGAUGUAAUACUUGGCCGGUGCGACGACCGAUUAUUAUUCUAAGGUGUUGCGUUUGUUUCCGACGGUUUGGGAAACGAUAAAAAAAAAAGGCAAAAGUUCGUAAGCAAAUCAAUAGUUUGCGAACAACAUACCUAUGGGUACAAAUAUCUGUAAAUCAUAAUAUUAUUAUACCGAUGGGUAAGCCGUCACAGACACUAAAUAUUUUACUGGACACGUCCUGUCUUACAUCUUUCAAUUUUUUCCCCCUCUCUGUCCGAACCCAACCGAUUCGAUUACACAUAGGACAUCUAUUUUAUGUGAUACGGCACUAUAUACAGGUUAAUAUGAAUUUAGUACAUAUUUUACUCUUCGUUAGGUUUUAUAGUGUAUAAAUAAAGAAUUUAAAAAAAAAUUUCGAUUUGUUUCCAACUCGGCGCAUACAAGGUUUUGUUGGACAUACUAAAAAUUGUUCUGAAAUGUUAUUUUUGGAGGCGCACGGUUAAAUAGUUUUAAAAAAUGUAUGUACAGGUGAAAGAAAGAAAAACCGUAGGUACUACUAUACCCGAAGGCACAAAUUGUACCUACAGAGGUACCAAUUUGUCGGAAACGCUUGACGAGAAUAAUUUAUUCGUCGGCAGUAACACUAUGUUUCUGUCGACCGAAAUGGCACGACGCGCAUAAUUAUUGUACCGCGUAUAUCGGGUGAUUAUUUUAAAGCGUACGACACUCAUGAUUCAAAAAAAGUAUAAAUGUUUUUGUAAAUUUUUUAUUUACACGGUUUCAUGUCGUUACGAAACGACGUUUUUACUAAACAAUAUAAUAUCUUUCUUUUUUUUUUUUUUGUCAAAUGUCGUUUUUCAUAAUGACUAUAGAUACCACGUGAACGCAUUUAAAUACAUUUAUACUUUUUGGUAUAAUGAUUGUGUUCGAUGAUAAAAGAAUCGACCCGUAUAUUGGUACGAUAAACUACCUGCUAUACUGCACAACAGUGGCGCCCAAGAUAUAUUUUUCAGGUGUAGCAAGAAAUAAUUUUACCCACCCACCCACCCCCUUACAAACUCAAAAUUUUAUUAUUUUUACAUAUUAUCAUAUUUUAAUUGACAAUAUUAGUAAAUAUUAAGGUAUCAGCCAAUAUAAUCUGUGAUUAAUAAUGAACAUAUUUCAAGUUAAUUAUUUCAUGUUAUUAUACCUACCCACCCCUUAUUUUCAAUGUGUAGCGACUGCUACACCUAGUAAUAGGGUUGGGCGCCACUGCUGCACAACGACCAAUAUUUUCAUUUUAUCGGACUUUCAACAUGAAUUUAUAAUAAUUCAACACCAUCAACAAGAGCCGUCAUAGCGUUUAGCUGAUAUCGAAACCACCCCCGCGUAAUAUGACCCCUGCAUACAGGUCCCCGCACUUGUCGAUUUUCGAAACUCAACCGAAUAUAAUUUAAAUGUUAUUAGAAAUGUAAUAUGCGCACGCACGCCGUUAUAUUAAUCACGUGGGCAAGGUCGAAUUGCACUGGUUUUUUGGUCGAAUUAUUGCUGCACCCGGGACACAAAGGAGGUAAUAAUAUACUUUUCGAAUUUUUCACUCGUCAUUUAUACUGCCUAUAUAUAUAUAUUACAAUCCUAUAAACGUUCGGUUUUAUGCAACAUAAUACCCACUUGUGACUCGGCGCGGCGCAGUGGCUGAAAUCAAUCACGCGACGUGAUUAAGAGUGAGCAACGGCCGCUGCCACUAGUUCUCGGAUGGGUGACCAUCCGGGUUCGUUGUGCGCAAAAACCUUGUCACACAUACAUGUGUUCCCAACCGAUCGUACCAACAGUCCCAACCCUGCCAACCUUACAGGCUAAUAACCUCAGUCGUCGAAGCCUUAAAAUCUAAUAAAAAAAAAAAAUAAAAAAAAAAUACCCACUUAUAAUUUGUAUUUUGUUUACAAUUAUCGACGGACGCGUCGGAAGAAUAGAUAAUUCGUAUAAUCAAAUCAACAGACUUUUGUUUAGAGAAUAAUAUUAAGAUUAUACGCGACCCAUGCGCGUUUGUUGUCUCCGUCUAACGACGUCGCCGUACCUAUAGGAUAUGGUAAAUUUUCGUUCACUAGUUUCAAUACUGUGCUAUUAGUUUUAAUAUUAGUAUGAAUAUUAUAUUGACCUAUAUUAUCAAACCUUUAGGUAAGAACAUUAUGCUUAAGCGUCGGCGAAAAUAGCACAAAUUAAAAACCAUCAUAAUAUCUCGCUUGAAAAUUUAAAUAAUGUUCUUACUUACUAAGUCGUUUCACUCUAAUAUCAAAACUAACACUAUUGAAAUUAGUGAACGAAAAUUUGCUAUGACAACAAUGCGUAGUCGUCCACUUAAUAUUAUGUUGUUUUAAUAAGUUUAUUGUUUUUAUUAUAAUAAUUUCAAAGUACACAUAAUAAUAUAAUAUCAACAAUUUAAACCUAAUGAUGUGGAAAUCAGUUUUUACUUCAAAAUAAAUUAGUAGCUACAAUUUAUUUGAAUAUCAUCACCUAAAUUUGAAAAUAAUAAUAUAAAAAUAUGCAUUUACGUUUAUUUCUAAAUUAGUUACCUACGUCCUUUUAAUAUCUACUCACACACGAAAUAUCGUCGUCAAAAUAUGUUCAUAAGUUCUGCUAAAUGAUCCCACCUCGAACAUUACCUUUUUCGAACCCCCGAGUGAUGCGAUUCUAACAUUUCGGUUUGGAUAAUGAGUGCAGUUCGACUAGCCCCAAAGUUGUUCAUGGCAGACAAAAUAUAAUAUCAUAAUAUCAAUGUUAUUGUAAAUCAGCGUUUUCUCGGAAAUAAAGUCAUUGGGUAUAUUAUAGUAUUGCUAAGACACCUGUUUGCAGCAGUGGUUCGUCCGACCUGGUUUUCCACUAGAUUUUUCGAAAAAAGAAAUCAUUCUAUAGCGCUUUCACGAGCUAUAUAUGUAUGCAAUGUAGACAUCGUCAAACGAAAAAAACUUCCUACUUUAUUCAAUUUUUUUUUAAUAAAAUUAUGUCGAUAAAUGUCAAAACAUUUUAAAUAAUACGAUUUUAGAAUUUUAAUAUUGCCUAUAUGUUCUUCUAAAUUUUCUUCGAAUUUUACUUUUCCGCGACACCCUGCCCUGGAAUCCUGCUUGUUUCGACUGUUCCAGGGUUAGGUAACACCAUAAAUAGGUCGAGAAACAUCGAUCUCGUGAUGACAUAAUCACCCUGUACGUCAACCCGAGUCGUCUCCGAGUCGUGUCGUUGAAGUCUCCCGUUCGCCUGUUAGGUAAAGGUGCCGAAUUCGCCGCCACUUCCAUUCGCAUGCCGACCCCGCGGUCACCUCCUCCCUACAAAAUAUAAUAAUAAUUUUUCCCCCGUUCGACUGUAUAAUAUUAUAUCAUAUUAUAAGACUAUAAUAUUUUUAUUGUUCAAUUAUAUCGAGGUAUAUGCUCCUCGCAGGUGAAAAUCUGUUCUUCGCUCGUCACAUUAUUAUAAUGUACACUUCGACGUGGGCAAUACGCGACGUUUGAUAUCGAUGGCUUGAAAAGCGCUGCACACGUAUACAUAUAGUAUUAUUAUUAUAAUUAUAGGUAUAAAGUUCUGUGUCAAAGAGUUGUGACUGGUGCCCCCCCCCCCCCAAAAAAAAAUGUACUGUUAAAGUACCGUUUAACAAAGUAUAAUAUUAUUAAAUUCUGUUCGUUUUUUCGACAUAAUAUUCCCUAUCCUUGUUUCUUGUCUGUAUAUUUUAUUGUAUUAUAGGUGGAUAUCGAAUUUUCGAAACAAUUGUUGUAGAUAUUAAUGGCAGUAAAAAAAAAUCCAUUCAAGUCCUAAAAACUGUGAAACUCGACCGAAUAAUAAUGUCUCGCAUUUACUGUGACUUGCGAGAUAAUAUUUAACAAUGUGUAUAUGCGACGUGCGUAUUAUAGUCCGCUUUAAUGAUGGCCUUCGAUAUACAAUACGUUUACGAAAACUCGCCCAAAGUUUGGGUAUAUUAUUAUAAUGGAGUCGGCGGGUACGAUUGAAACGAGACAAACCCCCUCACCGCGUAACCGCAACCACCCUCGUGAAGGUAACCAUUUCGCCUUCGAAACUUUAGGGUUUUUUUUUUUUUUUAAUCCUAAACAUUUAUAUUUAUCUUUUAAGCGGCGGGUGCGCUAUGACAAUAUAAUAUUAUGAUAUUAUAUUAUUGUAUAUUAUAGUAUUACGAGGCUGCGCCCUGUACAGGUGAACAAUACAAUAUUAAAAAAUUAUUAUUAUUAUUAUUAUUAUUAUAUUAUUACAUAUAAGACUAUAUUAUAUUAUGUGUUACGUUAUUAUAUAUAUUAUAGUACCUAAUAUGAUUAUAUUAUUAUAUAUUAUAUGAAUGUGUUAGCCUAAGAUAAAUAUUAUAUAUCAUUAUUAUGUGUGCAUUAUUAUAAUUGUGUAUCUCUACGUGUGUAAGUGUUUAUGUUCCAAGACAAAUAUGAUCUAUAUAUUAUAUAUAAUAUUACGAUAAAUGUAUUAUUGAAAACAUAUUAUAGUUAUUAUUA